AUGGAUCGCGCAGAUGACGCUUCGGUGUCUAAGCUGGAUGCCCCUGUCUUGUCGGCUUCAUCGUUACUAUCCCGACGUCGCAAAUCCAUCCCUUCGCGCUCACAUUCCGCAAACCCUUCAACGGCGGAUCCCGGGUCCCCCGAAGUCAUUUCGUCCCUGAUCUCAUCCCUUUCCACGAUCUCUGUUCCACUCCAAACCCAUUUCGACAAUGUGCCACGCAUUGAUUCAGAAACAGACCCCUCCUCGCCGGUCUUUUUGCCUCCCGAGCAGCAUUCGGUUUUCGACCAGCAUCCACCUAGCAGCGAACAUGGUUUUGGAGUGACUUAUGGCGCACCCCCAGCGCCGGAGGAUCCUCCGCAUAGUCCCUUUCUCCAUCCGGAUGAUGCGGCCGUUGCCCCUGUGAUCCGGAUGGCUCGCGCCCCGCCGUCGCCCAAGGCCAAGUCGACUUUUGAUCCUCCCCCGUCUCCCGCCAGACCGACCUCGAGGGGCUCGUAUACUUCGUCCAAGGCGGCCUAUGAAGAUCACGCAUUUGGUAUGAUCACGGCGGAACCGGGUCCGGGACCACGAGCUUCUACAGCACCAAGCAUCACGUCGGUCAGCUCACGCAAGAGCUUGAAGAACCAGCUGGGGCUCUUGAAGAAGUCGUCGCGGGAAGUACUCGGAGACAAGGAUCGACAGGCCGAACGAUUGCGCAAGACCAGCAGCUACAGCGACGGGUUGCGGCACAAUAUGCCUCGCAAUCGCGCUAGUCUGCGGUCGCUGUAUUCCAUGGCUGACGUCGCCGAAGAAGGGCGACCCGGCAUAUCAGCUCUGGAUUCCUCCAAAGGAAAGCUGAUCAGCGCGCCUCCCAGCAGGGAACGUCACUCGCAGCAGAGUACGCGAGAUAGCGCUCCCAGCACGCCCGGAGGAAUUGGAAGUGGCAGAGUGAUUCCGGCCCGUGAAUCCUCUUUGCGCCAUAGCUUCUCUUCCAGCCCGAAGCAGCGCAAGGCAUCUCGGCACAGUCGACAGCCCUCCACUACAAGUAGAGAUGCGAAGGUAGACAGUGGGAUUGCGGGAGUGGAGAACGGGGCCGAACAGGUGACCAAACGCAUUCAAGAGCUGAAAGACCAGCAACAGAAGAUCAAGACCGAACUCGAGAUGGACGACAGUCCAGACAGAAGUUCCCGAGGAUCACCAACGAGACCAGCUCGGCGAUCGCAACCAGUUGAUGAAGAGAAUGCGCCGCGUGGAGGCCCAGUUCAUAGCGGGUUUGAUGAAAGUGCGCCUGCGCCGGCAGUUAUGACAGGCAAAAACAGAUCUAUGAGCCGAAACAACUCACUGUUGGCUUCAAAGACCACAAACAUGCCCUCUUCGCCUUUUCCACAGAGGCAAUCGUUCGAAAAACCCGAUCAGCUCGAAAAACUUCGGUAUAGACAGUCCGUCGAGUCAACCACUCCUCGUCAGCACAAACGCUCUCCGUCCGGCCCCGUAUCCCCCGUGGGCGCUUCAGAUGAGCGCCCAUCGAGCGCUGAUUCGAUCGACUUGGCCGUUUUGGACUAUAUAUCAUCUCCAAAGCUCACCCAGAGAGUGUACCAUCCGACAACCGGUCGUGUGAUAGCCUUCUCCGAGGUUGGAGACCCCAGAGGACAUGUGGUUUUGUGCUGUCUAGGCAUGGGGUUGACUCGAUAUUUGAUGGCAUUCUACGAUGAGCUCGCGCGAUCUCUCCGAUUGCGACUCAUCACUCUGGAUCGCCCAGGGGUGGGUGAAAGUGGACCUUACGUGGACGAGUCCGGUACUCCUCUUAGCUGGCCUGAUGAUGUUGCCAUCGUCUGCAACCACCUCAAAGUAACAAAGUUUUCGAUCCUGGGCCAUUCCGCCGGAGCGAUCUAUGCACUGGCAACUGCACUAAGAAUCCCUCAACACAUCCGUGGCCGUCUUCACUUACUGGCCCCUUGGAUACCGCCCUCCCAACUGUGCAGCUUAGGGUCCCAAAAAGCUCCCGUUCCCACAAAUGCCGUUCCCUAUUCCCAAAGAAUCCUUCGUGCACUCCCAACUUCAAUCCUCAAAGUGGCCAACUCGAGCUUUAUGAGCGCGACUAGUGCCAGUCUCACGGCUAAUCUGCCCAAAUCAUCUCGGCGGGCCAAACGACGAGCAACGCUGAAAGAUGCAACAAGUCCGAGCGCCCUGGAUGCCAAUGGCAGCCAGAAAACCCAGCCAAAGAUGCUUCAACAAGCCGCAGACCUCAAGACGGAGGUCACAGCGUCCAAUGCGAAGAAUAGUAAAACUUCCCAGAUCGCAACGACUCAAACCGAGGUGGACAUCUCCCAGGAGCAGGAACGUCAGACAGACUAUGACAACCGACUUACCCACAAGAUCUGGGAAUGUGCCACGACGAAUGCCAAUCCUGCCGUCGAUCUCUUGGUUUGCUUGGAACGUCACCAGCCGAUUGGGUUCCGCUAUGUUGACAUCACCCGCAACGUCGUUAUCCACCAUGGGAGCCGCGACACUCGGGUGCCGGUUGACAACGUGCGGUGGCUAGGCCAGACCAUGCGGCGGUGCGAGGUCCGGGUGCUCGAAGGCGAAGGCCAUGGACUCAUGGCUUCGGCGACGGUGAUGGGUAACGUUCUGAUGGAGAUUGCCAAAGAGUGGGAGGAUUGGAUGAUUGUGGUCCAGGGAAGACGUCGGGGGACCAUCGGACCACGUCCGGGUAUUCCAAUCCAAGCAUAG